GUGAGUAGUGGAUCUUAGAGAGUCAGACAGUAGGUUAGUGUGUCCGAGUAGGUCUAAGUGGUGAGGAGUGGGACGUUGUCGUGCACCUAACACCACGAUGGACGACUAUCUGAUGUAUGGGUUGCUCGUUGGGUUCUCCCUCUUAGGGACCCUCUGGCGUCUCCUCUUUCCUCCGGAGUUCUGGCACACCUUCACGUGUAGAGUAGAUACCCGGGGUGGUGCCUCCACCAAAUCAUACACGAAGGAGGAGGAGGAGAAGAUGAUCGCCAUCUUGCAGGAGAGGAAGGAGAAGAAGGAGUCCAAGAAGAAGGCCUUGAAGGAGGAGCAGGCGGCCAAAUUGAAAAAGAUAGAAGAAAAGAUGAUCAGAGAGAAGAAGAGGAUACAGAAAGAGGAGGAAGAGAAGUUGAAAGAGGUGGAAGAGGAGGAAGAAGAUGAAAUGUCACUGCAGAGGAAGAGGGGGCAGUACAGUGGAAGUAGGGAUGAGGAGAUGGAGAAGCGGAUCUCAGAGUGGGUCGCCAACUUAUCCCUGGGCGAAGAAGAAGAAGUGGCGAUGUAUAUCCCUAAGGACGAUCAGGAAGCCGCUAUGAGAGCUUGGGAAGCAGAAAAAGAUGUUGUAAAGCCGCAGGCAAUGAAAGAUGAGAAGAGAAUGGAAUGGAGGUUGGCAGUGAUGAGGGAGAAGAAGAGAAGAGUGGAUGUGGCAGCGGAGGCGGCAGAAGAAUUAAAGGAGGUAAAAAACAUAGAAGAGCAACUAGCCGCCCAGACUGAACUCCCAGCCCAAAUGCGAGUCAUAGCUCGAAAUGUUGCACGCCUGGCAUGAAUUCAAGCGGAGCAAUAUGACUUUAGUCGGAGUUAACACAUAGCUGUGCGUUCAAUAAAGUUGGGAUUCCGGG